GAAGGCGCACUCGCGUGGAAGCUAAGAAAGUGAUCCAGCCCGUAGCCGGCGCACUUUCGUUCGCAUCCAACCACAUCGAAAGAAUGGAGCGCUUCCGUUACUCCGUAACGUCUUUUGAGGAGAUUUCAAAAUGAGAGAUUCAAACGUUCGUUUCCACCAUUUUCAAAAGAGCGAGAGCUUCAGACUGAAGCCGUCUUCUGCAUUCCUCUUUCUCCUGUUCCUCAGAAAACCAAUCUUUAUUAGGUGCCACAAACUUCAAGGAUGGUGGUGGGGAUAACGAAAUAUGAGGACAUUCGUCAGAAGCGGUUGGAAGAGAAUAAAAGGAGAAUGGAAGAGUUGAAGCUUCCUUCUCUAUCCAAUGAUCUGAGGAAGUCCGCCAUGAAGACUUCUCCGGCUAAGAAGGUGAAGAUUACACCUAAUCGGCGAAUAGACUCAUUCUUUGAAGUCAGAAGAUCAUCCAGGGUUGCCAAAAAACCUGCUCCAAAUUACAAAGAGACAAACUACGAUGAUAGACGAUUGUUAGGAAGGAGAAUUUACAGCCGACCUCUUUUGAUGAGUAAACAUGCUUCAAAUGAAGCAAGGACAUUUGCUAUUGAGAAAGCAGAAACCAUCCAGUCUGGUUUGGAUCCUCAGUUUCCUAGCUUCGUUAAACCCAUGCUUCAUUCACAUGUUGCAGUUGGGUUUUGGUUGGGGCUUUCUGUGGAAUUCUGCAAGCUGCACCUUCCAAAGCGUGAUACUAUUAUGAUUUUGGAGGAUGAAGAUGGGGAAGUGUACGAGACAAAAUUUCUUGCCCUAAAGACUCGGUUAAGUGCUGGAUGGAGGGGGUUUGCUAUUGCUCAUGAGUUAAUUGAUGGUGAUGCUGUCAUAUUUCAACUAGUUAAGCUAAACAAAUUUAAGACAAUUAUAAACAUCCCUUGUUACACGAUUUCCCACCAUAAUCUUAAAGCAGAACGAAAUAUACAGAAGAAUAAGUUGGGACAAAGAUGUUCUGGCCUUCUGGCGUUGCAUGUUCAUGAUGGGUGGCGUGUCAUCACCAUGUGUGCAUCGAAGGAGAGGAUGAUCUAGACCAUCUUAAUUCGGGGUUAAAUGAACCAUGUACACUACAAGAUGUAGUGGUGGAUGAGGAGGACAUUGCUGAGGUAGACAAUGAAGAGGAAAAAGAACUUGAAGAAUGAUCUAUGAAAGAAACAUUUUAUGUUUUUUUGUUUUCUUUUAUGACUUAUGAAGGUAUCUAUGGAUUGAUGGAAGGAACAUUGUAUGUUUAUGUUUUAUGAGAUUAUCUAUGAUCUAUGGAAGGAACAUUUGAUGUUUUUUGUUUUCUUUUAUGACUUAUGAAGGUAUCUAUGGAUUGAUGGAAGGAACAUUGUAUGUUUAUGUUUUAUGAGAUUAUCUAUGAUAUAUGGAAGGAACAUUUGAUGUUUUUUGUUUUUUUAAUGACAUAUGAAAUUAUUAUGUAUGGAUUGAUGGAAGGAAUGUUUAUGUUUACAUUUGAUUCUGAUGUUUUUUUGAUCUAUGGAUUCAUUUUGUUUUUUUUUUUAUUUUUGGGUUAUUAAAAAUUAAUAAUAUAUGAAUAUAAUAGUCGCCGUACCCGUACCAAGAUUUAUGAAAACGUCGUACCCAACAACUGCAAAAUGCUUUACAUGUGAAAUGGAGGCUAAGUAGUGACAUAUUAAGGAUACUAUCUAAUUAGGUAUCUAACAAUAAAAAAAAAUGUAAUAAACUUCAGAUAUUUCCAAACCAAAGUAAGAAGCCAAAUGACACAUAUAAGAAGUACCAGGUGCCAGAUUUGAGAAUAAAGUCAAAUCCGAUCAUAACAAAGAAAAAAGAACAAGAGCUGGGUUUCAAACCAGUCAUGUCCUUUCACUGUGAAAGCCAUUACCUUAAUCUCUUUAUUAUAUAUGAAGGGAGUACAACCAUUUCAUAGUCAAAUGUCCCUCAAUACAAAUUUGAUACAUAUGGUCCUUUAUAGUUUAUACACAGAUGCCAUUAUUUUGAGUUUAGAUUUGGAUAAUAAUCUGAUUCAGUCAAUCAUGCAACAUCUUAUUAGCUUUGACCAUGGACCAACGUCCAUUUGAAGCAAAACCUGUUCUUCAUCAGCCCUUUAUGAGUAAAUUUGGUACUUGUUUUCCAAUCGGAAUAAAGUUAGGCUCAGUUUCUUUAACUCCUUCCUUUUGCCUCAGAAAAUGCUGAUCUAUGUUUCAUGCUGCUAUGAUAAAUAGUAUUCAAAGAUAUCCUAAUUGAACUUUGAUUGCACACUGUAAAAUGGAUUCUGAAAUUAGUUCCUCCAACCCACUCAGCAACUGCUUAGUCCAUGUGGCUUUAGCCAUUGCUGCUGCCAUAAAUUGAUAUUUGGCUUUAAAGCAUGACUUUGUCAUGAACUUUUGUUUUCUACUGCUCCAUGACACCAAGUUCUCCCCAAGAAAAAAAUGCCAUAUUAUGAAAUAGAUCCACUUUCAUCAGAAUUUCCCAACCAAUCUGCAUCGUUACAGAAAUUAUUUGACAUUGUACCUUUUGCCUUCUAAGUUUUCAUGUAUUUCCCAUGUCAAAUUGUACCCUUCAAAUAUCUUAAUAAUUUUGUGUUGCAUUAUUAGUUUAGGGCACUCGGAUGGGGUGGGAAAAACCUUUGAACAUCAUGAAAAAGCUCAACAAGCCAUUACAAUUUACAUGGCCCGCCCAGGCAGCCUGGCCAGGCCUGAGAUUAUCAGAGCAUAAGUCAGACAACAAGUCUAGUACCUACGUUAUUUAAUUUAAAUAGCUCAAGUCAAACCAACUAAUAGAAAAGAGUUGUUUUCAUCAAUUUUUUGAAGAAGAAAUUCCUCUCCCUGCUACCAUUUAAUUGCUAAAUAUUCACUUAAAGAUAUUUUGACAAUCUUAACAAAAUGAAAAAAUUAAACAUAUUUCCAAAACUGCAAUAUAUCUAAGAAUGUCAACAAAAACAUCCAUCCACCACAACAGUCAA